UGAAUGUGCACUAGCGCGCUACGAUCCCGCCUCCGAGCUCCCGCCCUAGCUAUUCUACCAGUACCACUACCUAGGUACUAGGUACCGUACCGCUGCACUGCACUCCCCGCAUCGUAGCCGUCGCGAUCACGUACCAGUACCCCUAUUCAUAGGACCAGUUAAAUUCAUAAAUCAGACUCUCAGUCCAACAAGACAACAAGGGGUUCAACAAAGAUGACGUCUCACCGCAGUGGCCAGUCUUACAAGUAUUCCAUAGCAGGGAAGAGAGCCAAGGAUGCCCUGAACAAGGACGAGCAGGAGUUGUUCGAGCUAUGUUGCUUGGCAGGGGUAGAGAUGAGUCCUGCUGUGUAUAGGAUCAUCAUGAAUCUUCUGAAGAUGAACGUCUCGCCCAUCGCCAUCACACAGAUGCUGAAGGCUAUGGUCAACCCUAAGGGACUGGAUCCCACCCCAACCCCCUCAAUGACAACUCGAUCCUCUGCUUCCAGCUCAGACAUCCCUGGAACAGGAACAGGUACAUACCCUGGUCACAGCUUGGUCAAGCGGUCAGCGUCUCACUCGGCCGUGAGUGGAGGGUCAAGUACGUCCGGUCGAUCAAAGGGAGGGUCCAGGAGUACGACGAGUCUUCAGAGCGAUUCCAGCGGAAGGUCCAGAUCAGGGAAGACUUCAAGUAACACAAGAACUUGAUGCAAACACUUGAAGUAAAGUAAGGAUUUGAUGCGAAUACUAAAAGUAGUUUGUGGACACGAGUCAAGAAGUUCUAUGUAUUUUAUUCAGGAGUGCAACAAGUCUUCAAAUCGAUGCCAGUGGAAGGUCUACAGUGUAUGCCAAUGAAGAUGUUGAGUAACACAAGAACUUGAUGGCGAAGAGGAAUUGUCCAGGAGUUGAACAAUUGUCGCAAGUGUCGCAAGUGUUGCAAGUGUUGCUAGCAAAGCCCGGUAGCAAAGGCGAAUAUCAGUGAACUUCCAUCACAACACAAGAACUUAAGGGCUUGAGGCAUUCUUCUGUUCAUCUUGUAAAACAGACAUAAUACAACAACGUUGUGGACAGAACUGUAGAUUAGCUUGGAGUCUACACUUUACGUUUAAAACAAGAACUUGAUGUAUUGUAAAUACAUCAAAUGAAACAAGGACAUGAAGUUUAUUAUUUUGGGAUAUUUGUAGUGCGCUUGGGCUUAGAGUUUUCCCUACCCUAAGUAUUUCAUAAGGUAAAAUAUUGUAGCUGAAAUAAUAAUAUUUGCUGGGCAAAAAAUAGAAUAACCAAAAUCACAAAUCUUGAUGGGGGAUUUGUAAAGGUGUAUACCGGUUAGAGCUGCGACGUGUAGUCGAAUGCUCGAGUACCCGCACGGUUGACAAUAUUGUUUUAUUGUUUUACAAUUCUGACCUCACAUCUCUCUAUUUCAGGCACUUUUGUGCUUUUUUCUUCUUCUCCAUUUUGCAGAAGUUAUGGGGCUCAAUAUGUAUGAUAUUUGUUUGUAGGCUAAGACGAACUGGUAUCCCUGUUGUAUGAAAGGUGAUUAUCAGAGUACAUGUAGGUGAAAGUGCAUUUUUGGAACAUCUACAUGGAAUGGAAUGGGGGCAACAAUAGUUGACAGCCUCAUCGCUUAGAGAAAUUAGCAGAUUGGUAGAUUUAAACAGUUGACAGAAGAAGAAAAAAUGACUUUGAAAGUUAAAACUCACAAAAUGCGAAAAUGUGUUCCAUAAUGUGCCUUUUUAUGUUUAUUGGUGUGUGUAAGAUACCUAGUAACACAAUUCCUACAUAUUUAAUGUUGUAAAUAAACUGUUGUUUUAUAAUGUGA